UCGGGGGUGCAGCCAAACCGGCGCACACGGGCGCGCUCCCCGCGGAACUCCCGCGGGCGGCUCGGCGCUCUCCCGGAGGCGCGCGCGAGCCGCCGCUGCCGCCACCAACAUGGCCGAGACGAGUGAAGAGGUGGCGGUGCUGGUGCAAAGGGUUGUAAAGGACAUCACCAAUGCCUUCAGGAGGAACCCACACAUAGAUGAAAUUGGCCUGAUCCCAUGUCCUGAAGCUAGGUAUAACCGGAGCCCCAUAGUCCUGGUUGAAAACAAACUUGGUGUGGAGAGCUGGUGUGUCAAGUUCCUUUUACCGUAUGUCCACAACAAGCUCCUUUUGUACAGAACAAGAAAGCAAUGGCUGAACAAAGAUGAAUUGAUAGAUGUCACAUGCACCCUGCUGCUUCUAAACCCAGACUUUACCACUGCAUGGAACGUGAGAAAAGAGCUGAUCCUCUCUGGCACUUUAAAUCCAAUUAAGGACUUACAUCUGGGAAAACUGGCCUUAACUAAGUUUCCAAAGAGUCCGGAAACAUGGAUUCACAGGCGAUGGGUGCUACGACAGCUAAUUCAGGAAACUUCCUUGCCUUCCUUUAUGACCAAAGGAAACUUGGGAAUAAUUCCUGCAGAAAGGACCCAGCAACUAAUACGAGAAGAGAUGGAGGUCUGUGGUGAAGCAGCAGGGAGGUACCCAAGUAACUAUAAUGCCUGGUCCCAUCGCAUCUGGGUUUUACAGCACCUGGCCAAACUAGACGUCAAGAUUCUUCUUGAUGAACUAUCUUCUACUAAACACUGGGCAUCCAUGCAUGUUUCAGACCACAGUGGAUUUCACUACCGCCAGUUUUUAUUAAAAUCUUUGAUUAGCCAAACUGUGACAGAUGGUUCUAUAUCGGAGCAAAAUCCUUUGAGAAGUGAGCCAGCCAUAGUUCUUCCAAAAGGUGAAGAAGCAGUGGCUUCAGCAGAGGAAUCAAGGAUAAAUCUUCCCCAUCUUCUAGAAGAAGAAGUUGAAUUCAGCACUGAUCUUAUUGAUUCCUACCCAGGACAUGAAACCCUUUGGUGUCAUAGGCGGCAUAUUUUCUACCUUCAGCAUCACUUAAAUGGUAGGUUUCCUCACAGCAUGACCCAGUUGUCACCUGCAGACAGCCCUAGGGGGACUUUGAGUGACUUGCACCUCAUCCCAGCAGGCCCCCACACAUCUCAGGCAAUGGAGGUGGAUGGACUCAGUGACUCUAGCAAGCAAGGCUAUUCCCAGGAAACCAAACGCCUGAAGCGGACCCCAGCUCCAGACUCCCUAGGCCUGGAAAUGGAGCACAGGUUCAUUGAUCAAGUAUUGUCCACCUGCCGGAAUGUAGAGCAGGCCAGAUUUGCCAAUGCAUACAGGAAGUGGCUGGUUACGUUGAGUCAAUGAAAGAGGUGGAUUAGUCCUGCAAGGUUCCCCUUUUAGUGCAAUAUUGCUUUCCUUUCUUAUUUACAUAGUUGCAUGAACUGUUUGCUAUUCUUGGCUAACUAUAGCUAACUAUGUGUUCUUCAUCUUUAGGUUCAAAGUCCAUAAUACAUCUUUCAUUUUA